AUGGAACAUAUUAAUAAAAUUACGCAAAAAGUAUCAUUAUUAUCAUCAGAAUAUAAUAAUAGAAACAUGGAGAAACAAAAAAAUAACAUUUCGUCUAAAAAGGAGUCAUGUAUACCUAUAUCAAACUCAAAACAUACUCAAUUAAUUAAUAUAAAUCUAAAGCCGAAAUUAUCUUCACUACAAGAAUCAACACAUAUCUCAGAAUUGUUAAAAACAACAAAACCUGAAGAACAAUCUAAUUUGCCUAUAGAUAUAUCUAAAGAUAUUUUAACAAAUAAUAACUAUAAACAAACACCUAAAGAAUCUAUAACAUCUUUUGUGAAUAGUAAAUCACUUAACACGAAAACCUAUCCACUAACAUAUACAUUUUCAAAAUAUGAGCCAUGGAAUCAUUUAGCUAAUAUUUCACAAAAAGAAGAUUUUAAUACUUUAGCAGAAUUUGAGAAUCAUCAAUAUCGUAAAAAAAAUCACAAUUAUUCAUAUAUUUCCGAGCAUUCACCAUGUGAAACGCUCUCUAUAUCAAUGAGUUCAGAAAUUAAUUCACCACCUACAUAUGAUUUUAAUUUUUUUCAAAUGUCAACAUUUUGGCCAUCAGAUUUUUAUUUACAUAAUGGUGACAAAAAGCAAUAUUCAUAUGUUCCUAAUACACUUAAACAACAUUCACGAAGUUUAUCAAAUGAAGAUAUACACAGUUUUCAACAUAUAAUCCCAAAUAAAAAUAAUAGUGCAAUAUCAACAUCUUAUGAACACUUGCAAGAAAGUCCAGCUAGUCAUUUUUUAAGCCUUUUUUCUACAACACCACCAAAUAUAUAUCCAGAUGAAGAAGGGCAACAAAUUGGGAAAUAUAUAAUCGGGAAACCUAUAGCACAUGGCAGUUAUAGUAUAGUAAAAGAAGCCAUAACUAUAGAAAAUGGACACAAGAAUGUUCAUGCUGUAAAAAUAGUCAGAAAAAAUAUUAAUGGAAAAAAUGAUAUAGUACAGGCAGAAAUAGAAAAAGAACUAGAAAUUUGGAAACUACUUGAUCAUCCUCACAUACUGCCCUUAUUUUCUAUUGAAGAUACACAGUUUGCUACGUUUUGUUUUACGAUUAAAUUUUCCGGAGGCACUUUAUACGACAUUUUAAAAAAAGAAAAAGGGUAUGGUUUGUCCAAUUCUGAAGCAAAAAAAUAUUCAUACCAACUUGCAAGUGCAUUAAGAUAUCUACACCAAGAUAUUCAUUUAGUUCACUUGGAUGUUAAGUUAGAAAAUUGUCUUUUAGAUACAUCUGAAUUAGAAAAUAAUCGUUUACUUCUUUGCGACUUUGGAAUGGCGGAAUUUAUAUCUUCUACAGUUAUAGAUAAUACACAUAAUUCGACCUCAAACAAUAAUUCAAAAUUAAUUUCUACAACCACUAGAGGAUCAUUGCCCUAUGUAUCACCAGAAAUAAUAUCAUCAGGGAAAACUAUAAAAGAAGCUAGCAGUGAUAUUUGGUCAUAUGGAAUCUUGCUUCAUGCACUAAUAACUGGGACUUUACCAUUUACUCAUAUGUAUAGUCCAUUACUACAAAUGCAAAUUCUUAAAGGUGAUUGGGAUAUUGAAACUUUAAAAAAAAUAGCCCAUCAAGACUCUUUUGAUCUAAUAUUAGGAUGUCUGCAACCUAAUCCAAAAAAAAGAUGGACAAUAGAAAAUAUCCUUAAUUCCAAAUGGUUUCAAUCAUAUCAUUAUUAA